AUGAGUUCCAUGCUCAAGAAGAAAGGCGGCCUGGCCUUCAAGCCGAAAGCGCCGAUUGCGAAGAAGGCCGCCGCUGCCGCCGCCGCCAGCUCGUUAGCUGCCUCACAAACCUCCGACCAAGCCGUCUCUGCUAGGCGGCAGUCUGCGACACCCGUUCCGACAGCCACAGCUGAAGAACGCCCAGCUCCUCCUCCAGCAGUCGCCAACGCGCCAGAGGCUGAGGCAACAUCCAUUCAGGAAAAUAUCGCGGCAAAUAAAACUGCUGCAGCCAGCAAUGCGCAGAUAUCAGCCCCUUCGAGUGCGGGAGACCGCCGUCGUGAGUCGAUAUCGAAAGCCCCCGAACAGCCUCCUGCAGUGGACACACAAACCCAAAGGAAGGCACCGACAAGAACACCUGCGAAAUCCUCAAAAACACCCUCAGCAACCCCGGCUGCAAGCAAAGCCGUCGAAACUCCGAGCAGAACAAGACGAGCGUCAACGACUACCCGCUCCCGUGCUGCAGCGGACUCGGCGUCAGUAGCGGAGACAGUCGCGCCCACAUCGGCAGCCGGACCCAGCAGCGAAGCCCCGGCUGCGUCUUCCAGCUCCAUCGACGCGCCCGCCGGUGAAUCUUCACAAGCACAAGCCAGUGUGGAGUCCGAAGCGGCCACAAAGCCGACGCCAAAACGAAGAGGUGCUGCAACAACAAGGCAAAAGAAAGGCAAGGAGAAGGAGGCUGCGAAUGCAGAUACUGCAACGGCCGACACUGUUGAAAGCCAGCCCACUGCAGAAGCCCCAGCCUCGGCCGCCUCAAGACCAACCAGGAGACGCACUCGCAAAGCUCAGACAGAGGAAGCUGGCGGAACGGAAGAUGGCGAUGCGGCGCCUCCCAAAAAGCGGACUAAACGCGCAACAACGAAACAGCGCGAGGAUGCGGCAGACGGUGAAACACAGGAUGCCGAAGCUGCUCCCACGAAGAGGAAACGUCCGGCCAGGAAGCAAAGCACGACAGACAGCGCGCCGUCAGAGGCUGCAGAAGACGGAACCCCGGCGCCUCCGAAGAAGAAGCGCAAAGAGCGCUCCGUCACACCCGAGGAUGCGGAGCAGCAGGAGGUGGACCACAGCGUCCUCAAGAUGGGAGACCUGACCAAGGAUCUCCGCAUAGGCAAGAAGUUCAGCCGGCACGACGAGCUCAUCGAGCGCAUCCGGCUGCAACGGCAGAAAUAUCGACAGGAUAAGAUGGGCAAGAAUGGCACGCAGCCGAACGGAGACGCCUCGAGCCAGGUCAACGGAGACAGCCCAGCCCCGGAGAGCAGCAACGGCACGCCCGGCUCCGUGCUCCCCAAGGCCUCGCCCGCGAUGCAGGCCAUCGGCCCCCAGUUCGAGAUCAUCGACGGCAACAUCGUCGUCAACCAGGCCUCGCUCGUGCACGACCGGCACGCGUACGCCGCGGCCGAGGCCGGCGUCCUCGAGGAGGUCGAGGAGAACGACUUCACGCGCCUCACGACGUCCAACACGUACCUCAAGCCGGGCAAGCUGCGCGGGCCCAACGCCUGGACCGACCCGGAGACGGAGCAGUUCUACCACGCGCUGGGCAUGUUCGGCACCGACUUCCAGAUGAUCAGCAACCUGUUCCCGGGCAAGUCGCGCCGCCACGUCAAGCUCAAGUUCAACCGCGAGGAGCGCCACAACCCGCGGCGCGUCAACGACACGCUCGUGGGCAAGAAGACGGUCGCCAUGGACAUGGACGACUACGCGACGCGCACGGGCCGCACGUUCGAGACGGCCGCCGCCAUCGAGGAGGAGCACAGGCGCCGCGAGGAGGAGCACGAGGCCGCGCAGAAGCGGGCGGAGCAGGAGGCCGCGGACGCGCUGCAGAAGAAGCGCGAGGCGCUCUUCGGCCCCCGCGCGGCUGGCGCGGCUGGUUCCGGCCCGGGAGGAGGAGCAGGAUCAGGAGUCGCCGCCGCGGACGCCGGCAGCGAGGGCGCGAGCCAGAAGGAGCCCACGGUCACCGUGGGAGAGGACGGCGUGGAGGAGGUCGACGAGACGAACCUGGCCGCCAAGGCCGCCAAGGGGCGCGGCAAGGGCCGUGGUCGCGGGAAGAAGGGCAAGGCCGCUGCGGCUACUGCCGGAGGCUUUGGCUCCUGA